AUGGGCAUUCUUUCUGUGAAGCACGCCUCGGCGUCCUUGCUGUGUGUGUUCAUAACAUCUACAGGCGCACAGAAUAAUUCUUCACAACCACAACCACGAUCCGGAUUUGACUACGUUAAUCCUCUCAUUGGCACAAUCAAUGGAGGCCAUGUGUUUCCUGGUGCUACACUGCCAUUUGGAAUGGCCAAAGCGGGGCCUGAUGUGAUAGGCGAGAACCAAGGAGGGUUCUCUUCCAACGACUCAGAACCGAUCUAUGGAUUUUCUCACAUGCACGACUCGGGAACGGGUGGUUCACCGUCGCUUGGUAACUUCCCAAUAUUCGCCCAAUCUGGGUGUGUAAAUGAUGAUAUCAACGGCUGUCAGUAUUUCAAGUCUGAACGAGCCGUUGAGCGCAUACCCGGAAGUGUUCAUGCAAGACCUGGUUACUUUGAUAUCACACUAGCCAACAACAUCAGGACUGAGUCAACUGUUACAAAUCGUACGGCUUUGUAUCGCAUUACAUUUCCGGAAACACCAUCGACUCCGAAUACAACACUAUCACCACAUGUAUUGGUUGAGCUAACGGAUUUGCCGAACACGAGGAGCGAAGCAAAUAUUACUGUGGAUGCUGCAACUGGGCGCAUGACAGGAAGUGGAAUAUUCUCGCCGUCAUUCGGCAUCGGCACAUAUCAGUCGUACUUCUGCCUGGACUUCAAUGGUGCAAAAGUCAAAGAAGCUGGCGUAUGGUCCAACACGCGCGCAACAAACCGAGCAACAAGCCUACGAAUAGCUCCCAGCGAUGUACGACAAACACCCAGUAACACACCAGCAGGUGGAUGGGUACAAUUCGAGAAGCCUACCCAAGACAAUCAGAUCCAUGCGCGGGUUGGAAUGAGCUUCAUUAGCGAAGAGCAGGCAUGUUCCAACGCUGAACGUGAGAUACCUUCAUGGGGGUUCGACGACAUUGCUGCCGCUGCUGAGACUGCAUGGCGUUCCAAGCUUGGUGUCAUCACCGUCGAAGAUGGCGGUGUCGAUCAAGUCUUCCUUAACGCUUUCUGGAGCGGCGUUUACAGGUCAAUGAUCAGCCCCCAAGAUUACACUGGAGAAAAUCCACUCUGGAAAUCUGACGAACCAUACUACGACUCCUAUUACUGCAUCUGGGAUAGUUUUAGAUCCAUUCAUCCUCUGAUCACACUUCUAGACCCACAUAGUCAAACGCUUAUGAUACGAAGUUUACUCGACAUCUAUCGUCAUGAAGGGUGGCUGCCGGAUUGUCGCAUGAGCCACUGCAAGGGUUUCACACAAGGAGGCUCAAAUGCAGAUAUCGUUAUUGCGGAUGCAUACUUGAAGAACAUUACUGCUGGUAUCGACUGGGUGUUAGCAUACGAGGCUGUCGUCAAGGACGCAGAAGUCGAGCCACCAAACUGGGAUGUUGAAGGCCGUGGUGGUCUCGUAUCUUGGAAAGAGUUAGGCUACAUCCCUACCCAAAAUCUCGACGUCGAAGGCGUGGGUACAGAGACUCGCUCUAUCUCUCGGACUGUAGAAUACGCCUACAACGACUUUGUCAUCGCUCUUCUCGCCCGCGAACUCGGCAAUACAGCUGACUACCAGAAGUACCUCGGCCGCUCUGGUAACUGGCACAAUAUGUUCAAAGCCGAUCAACGUAGCAUUAUUAAUGGUACUGAUACCGGGUUUGAAGGUUUCCUGCAGCCUCGAUACCUGAACGGCACAUGGGGCACUCAAGAUCCGAUCUUUUGUUCCCCACUACUCAACUUCACUGGCUGCUACCUAAAUCCUAGCGGAGGCGAGACCUACGAAGGUCCAGUGUGGCUAUACACUUUCUUUGCUCCUGGAGAUAUGGCGACUCUUAUCCAAACCCUAGGAGGACGCGAGCGCUUCGUUGAGCGUAUGAACUGGCUGCACGAGUCCGGUGUCUUGUAUCUUGGAGAUGAACAGGCUUUCCUCAAUGUCUUCCUAUACCAUUACGCUGGACGUCCUGCUCUCUCGGCUGAACGCGCCCAUCAAUACAUUCCCUCGUUGUUCAACGAUACCGUCGUUGGCAUACCCGGCAAUGACGAUAGUGGCGCCAUGGGAUCUUUUGAGGCUUUCGUCAUGAUGGGAUUCUUCCCCAAUGCUGGACAAGAUGUUUACUUUAUCAUACCACCUUUCUUCGAGUCCAUAUCUAUCAAGAACGGCCAAACGGGCAAUACAGCAACAAUGCGCAACAUCAACUUUGACCCAGGUCAUAAAAAUAUCUACAUCCAAUCGGCUACCCUCGAUGGUGUAUCUUACACGCGCAACUGGAUCCAGCACAACUUCUUCUUGGAAGGUGGUGUCCUCGAGUUGACACUAGGUCCCCAGGAAAGUGGCUGGGGAAGGGCGCCGGAAGACGUGCCCCCUAGCCUAGGACCCUUCGCAAACAACACCAUGCCGGAAAAUGGAUCAGUCGUUGCGGAUCGGAAGUGGACGAUGCCGAGGAUGCAGUUUGAUUUCGCUGGUAGUCAAUAG